CUUAUAAUCACUUGAGUUCUGUCACAAAAAUACACCAUCCAACGAAAGUAAUUAUUAAUAAACAUUCAAGAAAAGCUCUUUUUAUACAUUUUCAACCCAUACCGUUCCUUUACAUUUGAAAUAACAUGCCAAAAGUUGUAUCAAGAAGUAUUGUUUGCUCCGACACGAAAGAUCAAGAAGAGUAUAAUGAAACCAAACCUUUACAUAUCUAUUACUGUUUGUGCGGCCAGAUGUCUCUCAUAUUAGACUGUACGAUCGACAAAUUACCGUUAAGACCCUUCGACAGUGCAAGAGUCAUAGAUGGAUCGAAACACGCUCACAAAAUUACUUCAGACCCCGAUGAAACUGUUUAUUUAAGGCGAGAAAAAGGUAUCGAAAGACAAUACAGGCUUAAAUGUAAAAAAUGCGCUCUGCCUAUCUAUUAUAAACACGAUCAGGAGAGUAAUGUAGCCUUUAUAAUUGACGGAGCAUUAGUCCAGACUCCGGGAGAGGGAGGGGUCACUGAUAUAUAUAAACAAGUGGCUUUGACACAGCCUAAGAAGAUCAUGGUCACAAAACAUACUAAAAACAUGGGUAAGUUCAGUUCUGUGACUGUGUCGACUAUUGAUGAAGAGGAAGAUGAAAUUGAGGCCAGAGAAGUGGCUGACAGCUAUGCAAACAAUGCAAGAAUCAUAGAGAAGCAACUGGAAAGGAAAGGUAUGAAUAAACGUCAAGCUGAGACUCCAGCACACACUUUAGAAAAGAGGCCAAGAGGAACUUUAAUUGAUAAAUAAUUACACUGUAUAAAUCUCUAUUAAAUUAUAAAAUAAAUUAUUUGUGUGAUAUUUUAUUAGGUAUAGAAGAUAAGGCAAGUGUCGCCUUAUUGUGCUACUUAUUAUUGGUAAAUGUUUGUAAAGCACAAUAUAUUAAUACUACUCAAAAAUUCGAGCCCUACACCCCAGCAGAGGGUAAUAGGAAAGAAUGAUGAUGAUGAUGACUCAAGAAUUCACGUUCAUAGUUCCAUAACAUAAAACAUUUUUUACAAAUCAACAACAAGUACUUACAAAUCAAUUGAAAAAAAAAUCACAAAUAUUUUGUGAACUAUAUUAAGACGUAUGCAAUUAUCAGAUUUGAUCUUAAACACAUUUUAAAAAUAAAACUGAUUUUUUCCCACAUUUUUUUAUUCAUAUGA